AAGAUGAUUGAUAUGGAUGGUCCGGUGGACGAGAAGUGGUGAAGACAGAAGUAGACCAGUCUCGCAGCGCAAGUGGAAUUGUGGGAAGGAGAUCGCAAUCACGUGAAAGAUAGGCACCUGGUUGCAGGUUGUGACGCUGCAGUGCGCCAGAGCAGAACAGGGUCAGGCAUGUGGAACAGUGGAAGUUUUGUCUGGAGAAGGUGAAGAUUGAAGAACAAUUGGAAGUUCGAAUAUCAAUCUCACUGCUCGUGCUCAAAUUCCCGGUCUUGGACGUGUUCAAUUGCCUACCUAUUCUACAUUCCAUUUCUUUCCAUACGAUCCUUCAAUUCAUCCACUCUUUUCCUAGCCUCCUGAUUUCUUGAGGGGUUCACUCCUGGUCACCUCCGCAGCCCAGCGCGGGAGUACUAUGCUUGGGAGAGUUUGAACCGUUUCCCGUCUUUCGAUCGCUGUCCUCGGCGAUCAUCUAUAACAUAUGAAGGGCAAUACGGCAGAGGCAUCGCGAAGCGCGCAGGACGCAGGCUCCGAAUCGAAUUCGCGCAGCAACGUGGACGACUCCUCCAUUCUCUCGGCGCGGUCCCGACGCCAAUUUUCCACAUUCGCUUUCGGGGCUACAUUAUGUUUGGUUUCGGCCGUCCUCACCAAGCGGACAUUCGUUCGGCGUUAUAACACUUCCAGACCGGCGUUCUUCGAGCCCAGCAAUAAUCCACCACCGCCGAUCAAUGCCGCAAAACUGGCGGGAGAGGCUUUGGGUCUCGCAACAAUCAAUGUUUGGAGCUGGGCGGCCAUGAUCGGGGGGGGGACAUUGUGGGCUUUCGAUGUCUCUUCGAUGGCAGAGUUCCGGCAGAGCACAAGAGAUGCUCUCGGUUGGAAUGAGAAAGAGCAAGCGGCACAACGUCAAGAACAGGAUAUGGAGGACCGUAUAGCGAAGAUCCUAGAGCGCAGAGAAGCGGAGCGACAAGCCUCAAAAUGAGUCACCAUGUCGAUUGGAUUCCAUACUCAUUGUUUCGGAAAGGCGUAGGCGGCUAUUUUUUUGGUGCUGAAAACUCGCCGGCUCCUGGAAGACACGGAAAGGUUACAUGUACGAUACUAUGCAGCACUGCCCAAGGGAACUCUCUACUCCAAUCGAGUCGGAGCUCAGGGCGUAUACGAGAUCUAGCUGAGG